ACUGUUUAAUGCAGCCAUGCAGGUACAGUGGCUCCCAUAUAACAGAUACGGUGAGUCUAAAGGAGUACACAACAAAAAUAUACAAGGGCUACAUAGCGAGCAUAACAAAUACAACGGUUUAUUAUGGAUUCUCAUGACAAUUAAAUUGGCAUACACUACGCAGUGUAUGUGAAUUGACGCGUUUUACUCUCGCACGCAAGUUUUGACAUGGUUUCAGCUUAACAGUGAAGAAGGUGGACUUUGUAGCAUUUAUUGCGCAAGUAAUAAAUUGAACUACUCAAACUAAUAAAAAAUCUAAGAAGCUAGAUAUCAUUGUGAAGGCAGCAAAAUGCUUUCUGGAUCUCCAGGACAGGCGACAUUGUUACAGGGAAUACUGAAUGAAGAGGCCACCCCUCCCAGGUUCCUGAGCCCGUGUAGGGAUCUGAGUAUACCUUUUAAUCCGAAUGAAGGAGUAACGUUUUUGUUUACUUUAGAAGUAUCUUUUUUCACCUUUCCCUUAUCCCUCUUAUUUUGAGUAAACGUUUAUCAGUUUUCACCCCAUCCAGUAGAUGGCAGACCGCCAGAAUACCAUAGAAGGAAGAGCUUCCUACCUUCCGUUCUGCUUCUGCGUACAACCAUUUUUGUGUUAGGAAGUCUUGUGUAUUUGUCGAAAUGGCCGAGGGUGAUAUCGAGGAAUUCAUUGAACAAAACAGGCAUUUGUCCGAGCUUGUAGAUACAUAUCGUGGUAUCUCCGAAAGUGAAAAACAUUGGAAGGCCAGGAGGGCAUUCCUAUUCAGAAAUAUAAACGACUUUGAGGACCCACACAUUGAUCAGCUGCUUGCUUUGUCCAUGGUAUGGGCCAACAACGUGUUUCUUGGCUGUCGAUACAGUCCAGACCUCUUGGAGAAAGUGAAUGAAAUGGCUGAAGGAAUUGUUGUGGAGGAUGCCCCUGUUUUCAAAACCAGAGAUGAGAUCAUGAAAAAUCAGAAACGAUGAUUGGAUGACCUGCUCCGUUAUGGAUGGAUUACGUUACUGUCCAACUUUACUCAGCUGCAUAUGGUUUUAAAAUGUUAUUUUAAUAACAUGCAAGCUUAUUAUUUUUUUGUGUAUUACAACACAUGUAACCCAAGCUAAACAUUUUAUACAUUAAAAUAAUUUUAGGUGACUUGCCUGAUUCAAUAUCUAAUAAACUCGAGGCCCAUUAUGAGAAUAAAAUGGGUGGGAAAAUGUUGCAAGAACAAAGCAUGGUAAGGCCAGGAAUAUGCCGUGUGAUGAGUUACGCUUUUUACAUGUUCAAUCAAAGUCUGCAGCUGUGCAUCUCAUAUUCAAAUACCAUUUUUGAAGGUGUCCAGAAAAGGGCAUUCCAUUUGGUCUUCACAUAUUCUCAGUUCUUCCAAAUUACCCCAGGGUGAACAUUGUACUACCUUGAUUCCUCCCCUUUGCCUCCUCCUCAAAACGCAUUGAACCAGAGGGGAUAAACCUCAGAUCUUCAGUGCCAAUGUGCUUUCUACAGUUUGUGCUGGGAUGUAGUUAUGUCCAAAUUGUAGAACACUGAAAAUCUUUUUGCAACAAACAAGUUUCUAUUAAACAAAUUCAGGUAGGUCUGUCCCCAUUCCGUAUAAGAAACAUUUUACAACAACUGACAAUGAAUACACUCCAGGGGUGUAUUCAAUUUUAAUUACAGAAACUGUUUAAGAACCAAACCGAGCAUACAAAACAGGGAGGGACCUACCUGAAUUUGUCCUACUGUGAGCCAAAAUUGUGUUCUCGUUGCAAAAUGUUUUUCAAUAGGAUCAGCGUAAUGGAAGGACCCACUUGAAUAUGUUCAACAGAAGCUUGUUUUGCUCCGUUUGGUUCUUAAACUGUUUUAUGAAUUCACCACACACAUCAGGCCCUGGAGCGUGCAUUAAGGGGAACACUGCCCCCUGUCAGUCUUUUCUACUACCUCUGGUUGCACAUUCCCACAGAUCCCCGGUCUGCUAGCUGGUAUGUAUUUGGCUUUUGGGAGGUUCCUGGUGGCCUGCUACUCCCCAUUGAGGAUGCAGGGAUGAGGAUAAUUUACCCAAGUCCCAUCAACUCUGGGCCUCAACCAGUUCCACUCCUUUCUUCAUUGUUCCCCUCUAAUCAGAGACUGAUUUAGACCUGGGACACCAGGUGGGUGCAAUUAAUUAUCAGGUAGAAAAGAAAACCAGCAGGCUCUGGACCUUGUAGUGUAAGAGUUGAAUAUCCCUCCACAUAAUACCAUCAUAGACACACAAUGCCACAGCUGCACUCAAGUAAAACAAAUAAGCUGAAAUCAAAGUCUGAAAAAUGUGUUUUAUGUUUAUACAGCAUAUAAGUAUACAUUGUUUUGUUUUUAGAAUAAAUUCACAAAUGUAUAACACAUCCCUUCUCCUAAGGUGAAAUAAACCAUGUGCUACAAUAUGACCCGUACUGUCUGUCACAAAAAAAAAUCUCAAGCAAGCUACCUUUCAUUGGGUACAAGAUAAAGUGAAGAGAAAUGCAAGCGUGAAAAAAGCAUUUCCAGGCUUGGAGAAAAAGCAGAUGCAUGGAUUUGUGUUGCAAUCAGCCCUUAUUCUGUAGUCCUGAUGUGUCUGGUUUCCACUAUCUGUCCAUGUUCCUAGAUGAGCCAAACUCCAAAUGUCCUCUUACAAGUGCCA